UGGCGAGGAAGGGGACUAACCGGUACAGAGUUGCUGCGGCGAAAAAAGAGCGAUGGUAGCGUCUCUGUAUUCGAUCGUUGCUGUGUGCAAGAACAUGGGCAUUGGAAAAGACGGGAAGCUUCCUUGGCCUCCGCUCAGGAAUGAGUAUAAGCAUUUUCAGAAAAUGACAAUGACAACUAAAGAAGAAGGAAAGCAAAAUGUGGUCAUAAUGGGUAGGAAGACUUGGUUCUCCAUCCCUGAGAAAAAUCGUCCUUUAAAAAACAGAAUUAAUGUAGUACUUAGUAAAGAACUAAAGGAUGUUCCUGAAGGGGCCCAUUACUUGGCUAAAAGUCUGGAAGAAGCCCUAGAUCAUCUUGAAACACCAGAGAUGAAAAGAAAGGUAGACAAGGUUUGGAUAGUUGGAGGAAGUUCGGUAUAUAAGGCAGCAAUGGAGAAGCCAAUCCAUCAACAACUGUUUGUGACAAGAAUUAUGCAUGACUUUGAAAGUGAUACAUUUUUUCCAGAAAUUGAUCUUAAAAAAUACAGACUUCUACCUAAUUAUGUAGGUAUCUCUGUUGAUAUCCAGGAAGAGAAUGGAAUCCAAUAUAAAUUUGAAGUUUAUGAAAAUAUCAUCUAGACCUUACUUGAUACGAGCAAAAUUACCCUAGAUCUAAAUCUAUUUGCAGAAUUAAUCAAGACUUUUGCCUGCACUGUAUUCUCUUCAAGAAGGAAAAAAAGUCCCUUUGUGCUACAUCCUUCCCCCAUUCUAUGACUCUACUGUGCAAAAAAAAAAAAAAAAGUCAUUUCCCCUAUAGGAGCUCUACUGAGAAUAAAUGCUUCUGCUGUAAGCAAAAAAAGGUUUAUUUGCAAAUCUAGCUCAGUUUAGCUAUUGAAAAUCAGGAAGAGAAGCAUCCAUAUCACAUAUUUCAGGCCAGAAAGUGAAAAUCAUGAUUCUGAAGGUUGUAAGAUUUAUUUCCCAGUUAAUUUUAAUAAUUAACAAAAUAAAAGAAUUUUCUCUUCUAUUGUUCAAUUCCAGCUCUCUCGUGUUCAGAAGUAUUUGUACUAUUAAAUACAUUCCAUGUUUAUUUUCCAUUAAUAAAAGAGUGGAUUCUAAAAUCCUGCUUUUUGAAUAUGCCUGCUUUUCUGGUUUAUAUACAUUUUUAUCAUGUUAAAAUGUUUGAUCUGUUUAUGUUAAGAAUAAUUUGGAAAUUUUCCAAAUAUGGUAGCGCUGUUAUUUGUAUCAAUGGUGACAGAUGUCAGGAAUUGUAGAUGAGAAGUUCAGGAAAGUUAUAAAUGCCAUACUCCAGAUUUUUAUAUAUAUAAAAAUUUGGUUGAAUAAAUUGUACUAUGCUAAGUACCAUAUGAAAAUGAUAACUAUGCCUGUUUGAAAUGCAUUAGGAAGUAGAGUUUCUCAGAACUGAAAUGAUAAAAAUGUAAAUAAUCACCUGUUGGAUUAUAUAGAGUAAUUUUUGUAUUAGAGAAUGGAAAGGGGUACUAAGUAAAAUAUAAACCUGACUAUUUGUUAUUUAAAAUUUAAGUAUUUGGGGAUGGAAUUGUAUGAGUAAUUGACUUUCUUUUAAAUGAGAUCAAAUUAGUGCAACUGAUAAUUUUGGGACAGAAUUUAAUUUUCUCCAGAAAAAAAAAGUAUAUGAAAUUGUAUUCAGCAUUCUUGUGAUAAUAUAUUAUAAAUUACCUUUUACCUCA